CACACACAUACAUCGACAUCCACACACACACACACACACAUACAUCGACAUCCACACACACACACACACACACACACACACACACACACACACACACACACACACACACAACACAGCGAUGCCUCCCCGGAGGAAGCAGAGGGCGACCAAGGCGGCCAGUGGUGGCGCUGGUGCAGGCAGCAAGAAGCGCCGCGCUGAGGAAGCAGCAAAGGGAAGCACAGCCGCGGCCGAGGCGCAGGAAGAUGAGCUGCUGGAGCUCGGCGACAACCUGGAGCUGCAGCAGAACGACAGCGACAGCAACGACGACAGUAGCUCAGGCGCAGACGAGGACAUCCCCGUUGAUGAGGACGUGGAUGAGGCCAUGAUGGCACUUGCUGCACAGGAUGACGAGCAUGAGGAUGAUGAGCAUGACGGGGAAGGGAAUGACGAUGAUGACGAUGAGGAGAGCGAUGAUGAAGAGCUGGCGUUUGCCAUGGAUGACGUUACAGCAACCUCAGACGAAGACGAACACCCGCAGCAGUCUCGUGCCACCAAAUCCAAGAAGACCACCACCAACAACAAGCACAACGCCAAGAACGGCAACACCAAGCAGAAGCCAGGCAAGAACAAAGCCCGUAGCGUGGCUCCACCCCACCCUGACAAUGACUCUGCUGCGCUCAAGAACUUUGGCGACCUGUUCAGCUCAAUGGUACAAGGGAAGGUGAAGCCGGGGAGGAAAGGUGUGCAAAUGCGUGACGAAGACGGCGAGGACGAUGCGCACGCGCCAACACAGGCCAAGCAGAAGCGAAGGCGCCAGCGCACGAAGGCAUCAGCAGCCGCUGCACAGACGGCCGGUGCCGAUGACAGCGAUGCGGAUGCCGACGAUGAGCUGGACGAGCGCCCCGAUAUGGGCAGCGACGUUGAUGAUGAUGAUGACGGAGCAGUGGACAUGGAGGUGACGACAGCCGGCGGGGCGAGCGCAACCAGCAACACCGCCACCAACGGCGACGACGAUGAGGGCCCAUCCGAGCGCAUCCUGGAGUGGAUGGGCCGCGCGCCGCGCUACGAGGUGGUUGACGUGAAGGAGUACAUGGAGAAGCUCAAGACGCUGCAGCAGGACUCUGAGGAUGAGCAAUUUGGUGGUCCCGCCGAGGGCUCCAACGACGAGUACGAUGCAGACGAGUUCAAGCCCGCCCGCCGCGUGUAUGAUGUGGAGAGCCGCGAGCUGCGCAGCCUGUCGGACAUUUUCUCCAAAGCGCCGGACAGCGAGCAGUACCUGCGGGAGAAGCAGGAGCGCCACGAGCGCAUCCAGCAGCGCAUGCGUGAGCUGCAGAGCCGCAAGCCCAUGCCCGUUGCCAGCUCUGACUCUGACACGUCGGAUGACGAGCACUCGCGCAACACGGUGGGCAACAUCCCCAUGGAGUGGUACAAGGACUACGACCACCUCGGCUACGACCGCUCCGGCAAGAAGAUUUCCAAGUUGGGCAAGGCCAAGGACCGCCUGGACAAGUUCCUCGACAAGAUGGAGAAUGGCGGACUCGGCAGAACAGUGUACGACCCGACCACUGGCGAAGAGAUUGAGCUCUCUGAUGACCUCAUUGGCCAGAUCAAGAAGAUCCAGGCUGGCGAGCUGCCUGGAGAGCAGUACGAGGAUUAUGUCGACUUUUUCACGUCUGACGUGCAGCGCAUGCCUGUGACGGGCCGCCCAGAGCCCAAAAGCCGGUUUAUUCCCUCAAAGUGGGAGCACAAGAAGAUUAUGCACCUCGUGCGCGGUAUCCGCAAGGGUCGGCUGAAGCCGCUCGGUCCUCCCAAGAAGGAGCCUGAGUUUUACGACCUGUGGGGACAGGAGGAUGAUUCCUACCGCGCACCGGGCACACACAUCCCCGCUCCAAAGCUCGCCCUCCCAGACCACGACGAGUCGUACAACCCUCCGCCAGAGUAUCUGCCCACGGACGAGCAGCGCGCCCGCUGGGAGAAGACGCCGGUAGCCGACCGCCGCAAGUACUUUAUGCCAACAAAGUUCUCGUCGCUUCGGCUUGUGCCGGCGUACAACAUGUUCCUGCGGGAGCGGUUUGAGCGCUGCCUCGACCUCUACCUCUGCCCGCGCACACGGAAAGUCAGGCAAACGAACGUGAAUGCGCAGGCGCUGCUGCCCAAAUUGCCAGAUCCAAAGGACCUCCAGCCCUUCCCAACAGCCCACUCGCUGUCGUUCCUUGGCCACACGGACAUUGUGACGUGUCUGAGCGUGGACCCGACCGGCCAGUGGCUCUUCUCGGGCUCUGAGGACGGCACCCUGCGCAUGUGGGAGAUUGCCACGGGCAGAUGUGCCAAGGUGCUCGACUUGAAGGAGCCUGUGUUGGCGGUGGCCGCCAAUCCAAACCCGCAACUCUCACUCGUCGCCGUCGCGGCAAAGAACAAUCUGUACAUUGUCAACCACGGCCUCUCGUCCAAGGCCAUCACGGCGGCCACACAGGAGUUUGCGCCAAAGUGCAAGAAAACUGGAGCGAACAAGAACGCGCGCAUCACGGUGCGCUGGUACAACGGCGGGAACGGCGUUGCUGAUGACACAAUUGUGUACACCAUCAUGCAUCGCCUGGACGUCACCAAGCUCACGUGGCACCACCGUGGCAACUACCUCGCAAGCGUAAUGCCCGAAGGGACACACGACUGCGUUGCAAUUCACAGCAUGGGCAAGCAGGCCACGCAGUACCCCUUCCGCAAGAAGAACAACGACAUUCAAGAUGUGCAGUUUCAUCCGAAGCUGCCCGUCUUCUUCGUGGCGACGAAGACUCGCGUGCGCAUCUACAACCUGCAGACGCAAAUGCUUGUGAAAAAGCUGAUGACGGGAGUCAAGUGGGUGUCGAGCAUGGCUGUUCACCCGGGCGGCGACAAUGUCAUCAUUGGCUCGUACGACCGCCGUCUCGCCUGGUUUGACACAGACCUCUCUACAAAGCCAUACAAAACCCUCAGGUACCAUCGGUAUGCACUGCGCAGCGUCAAGUUCCACCGCCGCUACCCGCUGUUUGCCUCGUGCUCUGAUGACGGCUCUGUGCACGUCUUCCACGGCAUGGUUUACAACGACCUCCUCCAAAACCCGCUCAUCGUCCCCGUCAAGAUUCUCAAGGGCCACGAGAGGGUGAAGGGCCUGGGCGUGCUUGACAUUGCCUUCCACCCGCGGCAACCGUGGGUGUUCAGCGCUGGCGCAGAUGGUGUCAUCAAGCUCUACACGUAAUGUGCUCUGCUGUAUGUGUGUGUGUGCUCAGGGCAUGUGUUUGGCUUUGGUUUGCUACGAGGCUCUGGCUUGUUGGUGCCGAGUGCUUGAUCUGGCCGUGAAGCCAGCGGUGUUCUUUGUGCAUCCUGGACUGCAUGGUCAUGCAUCAGUAAAUGGGAAUGCGUACAGACA